AUGCUCCCGGUUAGGCCAGUUUCACCUGGUUGCUCGGCUCAAUGUGAACAGAAACCUUUUGCUGUUCCACGUGUGGCCAUAACAUCCACCUUUAAAGCACCCGUUCACAUUGAUGUGGGUGGUGUAAUCUACACGUCUUCACUCGAAACCCUCACUGCGUAUCCAGAUUCAAAGCUAAGCAAGAUGUUUUCGGGCGUCAUUCCGAUCGUCCUGGACACACUAAAGCAGCACUACUUCAUCGACCGGGAUGGCUGUAUGUUCCGCCAUAUCCUCAACUUCAUGCGCAACCAAAGACUACUGAUACCUUUCGACUUUCCUUACUUGGAACUGCUUAUUGCUGAAGCCGAAUACUUUGAACUACACGAUAUGGUGUACGCUCUGGUUCUUCUGAGGCAACAAAGAGAGGAAAUGAAUUACGAAAACCAGUGGAACUCACAAGUCCCCGCUUACGUCGAAGAAGCGGUCAUAUGGGACUAGAUUUAAAAGACCUCUCGACUCUUCUAAAGAUACUGGCGAUGUAUUUCGUUUCAGCUACAAUUGUUAUUUUAGUUGCCAUUACAUAAGUACAAGAGAAA